AUGACUGAUCUGCCUAAAUCAAAUGAUUUAACCGCCACUUGGACUUUUGUCGAACCUGGUUUACAAUUAAUUAUUGGUGGUUCUGAAGAAAAUUCUGGUGUUACACCACAAAUGUAUAUGAAUGUUUAUUCUGCAAUUUAUAAUUAUUGUGUUAAUAAAUCAAGAACUCCACAAAAUUUGGCUUCUUCAACAACAAAUCAAUCUUCUUUAUUGGUUGGUGCUGAAAUUUAUAAAAAAUUAAAAGAUUAUUUAAUUACUUAUGUUUCAUCUUUGAAAAAAAAACAAAAUGAAUCUUUUUUAGAAUUUUAUGUUAAACGUUGGACAAGAUUUACUGUUGGUGCUGGUUAUUUAAAUCAUGUUUUCGAUUAUAUGAAUAGAUAUUGGGUUCAAAAGGAAAGAAGUGAUGGUAGAAGAGAUAUUUUUGAUGUUAAUACUUUAUCUUUAUUAACUUGGAGAGAUGUUAUGUUUAAACCAAAUUCUGAUCUUUUAAUUAAAGAAAUUUUGGAACAAAUUAGAUUACAAAGAGAAAAUCAAGUUGUUGAUACAAGAUCUUUAUCUGUUGCUAUUAGAUCAUUUGUUUUAUUGGGUAUUGAUACUCAAGAUUUAAAAAAACAAAAUCUGGAUCUUUAUACUACACUGUUUGAAACUCCAUUUUUAGAAGCAACAAAAUCUUUUUAUGCUGCUGAAUCAAAUGAAUAUUUAUCAAGUCAUAAUAUUGUUGAUUAUAUGAGAAAAGCUGAACAAAGAAUUAAUGAAGAAGAAAGUCGAGAAACUCUUUAUUUGGAUGAACAUAGUAAAAAACCUUUAACUGAUGCUUUAAAUGAUACUUUAAUUGUGGCACAUUCUCAAACUUUAUACAAUGAAUUCAAUAAUCUGUUGGAUCAACAUCAAAUUGAUCAUAUUUCUAAGAUGUUUAAUCUAUUCAAUAGAGUUCCUUCAACUUUAGAACCUUUAGCUAAAAAAUUUUCAGAUUAUAUUGAAACUCAAGGUUUAAAUGCUAUUGAUAAUUUAUUAAAUGAUACUCAAAAUGAAGCUUCAAAAGAAUCAGUUACAAAUGAAGAUGGAAGUAUUGCACCAAAAAAACCAAAUGUUUCCAAGUCACAAGUUGAUCCAAAAUUAUAUAUUAAAGCAUUGAUUCAAGUUUAUCAAAUUUAUCAAAAAAUUGUUAGUUCAGCUUUCCAAAAUAAUCCAAUUUUUGUUAAAGCUUUAGAUAGUGCUUGUCGUAGUUAUAUUAAUGUUAAUUCAAUUGCAAAACCAUUAAAUUCCAAAUCAACUUCCAAAACUCCAGAUUUAUUAGCAAAAUAUAGUGAUAAUUUAUUGAAAAAAAAUAAAGAUGCAGAUGCAACAAGUGAUAUGAGUGUUGAUGAUAUUAUGAUUGUUUUCAAAUUCAUUACUGAUAAAGAUGCUUUUGAAACUCAUUAUAGAAGAUUACUGGCUAGAAGAUUAAUUCAUGGUACUUCAUCAUCUGAAGAAGCUGAAGAAUCAAUUAUUCAAAGAUUACAAACUGAAAAUUCUUUAGAAUAUACUUCUAAAAUGACUAAAAUGUUUCAAGAUGUUAGAGCUUCAAAUGAAUUGAAAAUUUUAUUUAAAGAAGAAGUUACAAGAGAUUGGGAAAAUUCUAAAAACAUUGUACCAGAUUUCCAACCAUUUAUUUUAGCUGAAACUAUGUGGCCUUUCAAUUAUAAUAAAACUAAUUUCCAAUUACCAACUGAUUUAGUUCCAACUUAUACAAAAUUAGAAGAAAUUUAUCAAAGUAAACAUAAUGGUAGAAUUUUAAAAUGGUUAUGGUCAUUAGGACGUGGUGAAAUUAAAGCAAAUUUAUCAAAACCUGGUAAACCACCUUUUACAUUAUCAAUGUCAUUAUAUCAAAUGGCUAUAAUUUUACCAUUUAAUGAGAAUGAUUCAUAUUCAAUUGGUGAAUUAAUGGAAUUAACAGGUUUAGAUAAUCAAACUAUAAUUGCAUCAAUUGUACCAUUUUUAAAAUAUAAAAUUUUAAAUCAAUCACCUUUAGGACAAGAUAAUUUAAAAAAUUCAGAAACAAAAAUUUCAUGUAUUUCAGAAUAUAAAUUUAAAAGAUUAAAAAUUAAUUUAUUUAAUGGUGUUAAACUGGAACAAAAACAAGAAUCUGAUGAUGCAGAAAAAGAAAUUAAUGAUGAUCGUAAAAUGUUUUUACAAGCUUGUAUUGUUAGAAUUAUGAAGGCUAGAAAAAACCUAAGUCAUACAAAUUUAAUUAAUGAAGUUAUUCAACAAUCUCAUCAAAGAUUUAAUGCAAAAAUUAUAGAUAUUAAAAGAUGUAUUGAUUUAUUGAUUGAAAAAGAAUAUUUACAAAGAGGUGAAAAUCAAACUUAUGAAUAUUUAGCAUAG